UGACAAACUGCCUGGGAGCUCCUCCUCCCCUUCAAUCAGUGGUGAACCAGGUGGAACAAAUCUUCCAGGCAAUCUGGGCGUGCUAGUAACUGGCUCUGUUGUUGUCUUUAAACCGCAGUGGAAGAAGCAUUGAUAGCACCACAAAAUCAAGGAAACUUUAUCUUUGUUAUCAAAGUGAUUGUGCAAGACCAAGCCCUCCACAAAACUGUGAAGGACAGCCGGUUUUUCACCUGUUUACUGCGCACCAAAGAAUGGUUAAUAAAAGACAAACAACUGAUCCCAUGGCUGUUUAUUGAGUGAAAUCCAGUUAAGAUCUUCAUGUGGAGGGACUGUCCUUUUCAAGUGGGGAAUUGCACAAGAAAUAAGUCACAACUUGACAGUGAAAAACCGCUCUCAAGACUGGAGAAGGACCAGAAAAGUGAGACACGUGUCCAUAGAGACAAAUAAAGACGGUUCCCGCCCUGCUGUCGUGAUUGAAAUGGCUGAUUCAUUACUGUUGGAGCAGCUAAAGACCGCAAGGACAUCAGCGAAGCGUCAGUUUUCCCGUCUGGCCAAUAAUGUGCUACGAAUGCAUACAAUGAUGUUAGAAGAGGAGCUCAGAGACAUUUUUAAGAAGCUCACUGCAGAAGCUGAUAAAGUCCUGGAAGCCAACAACGAUGUAGAGGAGCAAUGUAUUGAAGAAAACUCUGAUGCAGAGGAGUUGAGUGAGCAGCAAAAGAAGGACUUGGUCAAAACAGCUAAUGAGUGUGAGAAGAAACUGCAAGAGCUAAAGGACCUCAUACAAAAGACAUUGUGGGCCAAUUUCGGGGAAUAUGAACUGACACAAGCAAUUACAACAGCAGAGUCGCAAGUAGAAAACGUGGGAGCUGUGGACCCAAGUAAAAGCCCAGAUGGAUAUCUCUUCAUGAUCGAGCAACUAGAGAAACUUGUGAAGGCUGCGAAGGAAGUGCAUAGGCAUUGGAAGUGCUGGGUCCCCCCAGCGGAGCAACAACAGUUCCAGAGUCGUAUCAAAGAUCUUGAAACUAUCCUGCCAAAACUCACAAUAAGACAAGCUGAAUUUAUUGGGGCACACGUCAGAGAAGAAACCAGCAGAUUAAGUACUACUUCAAUCAGUCGUGUGACCACACCAGUAAUUAAAGUGAAGCCAGCUGCCCUCCCAAAGUUUUCUGGUAUCCGCCGAGAGUUUCACCGGUGGAAAAAGGAUUGGGAAGCACUCCAGAUGCAGGGAGAACCUACUGGAUCCAAAGAGAUUAAAAAGUACCAACUUCUCGACAGUGUGGAUGAGAAGACAAUACGAGACCUCCGCCUUACAACUUACACAACUGCUGAGGAGGUUUUCCGGGUUUUGGAGAACCGUUUUGGAAAUAAGACAACUAUAGCCCUUGAGAUAGUAGAAGAGCUCCAAAAACUCCAAGCAGUUAAAGGUAAUCAGCCUAGGAGGAUUGUUGAGCUCAUCCAAUCUGUAGAAAAAGCCCUGGUCGAUCUGAAUGAGCUUGGCAGGACUGGUGCUAUAAAAAACCCUCUUGUAACAAAAACAAUAGAGAGUAAACUUCCUGAUGGCCUUAAGAAGGAAUGGCUUCUUCAUGUAGCUGGCAAAGCUGAUGAAGCUGAAGAAGACAAGCGUUUUGACUACCUCCUCAAGUUUCUUCAAGGUCAAGAAGCCAUCUAUGAGAAGUUGGACCAACUGAGAGAGGAGGAACCAAAGCCAAAACCUGAACCUCGACAAGCUCGAACCAGGACUUCCACCCAAUUGAGCAACCAGGCUCAAGGAUGUGUGGUCUGCGGAGACGGCAAGCAUAAGAAGAGGAUAUACUUCUGCCAAAAGUUUCGCGCGCUUAAACUGUCAGAGAAAAGAGAUGCUGUUAGGAAGCUGGGAGCCUGCAAAAAAUGCCUGGAGAUUCACAAUGAAGGUGACUGUUGUAAAUCAGAGUUUCUGUGCAGGAGGCCAGACUGCAGAGAACAGCGUGCUGCAGAACACCAUUAUUAUCUGUGCCCGAGAGCUGAUGCGUCCAAAGGGAAUAUCGUCCAGAGGUCCAACCACAACAGCAAAGUAGGAGGUGACACAAGAGAGUGUUACACCCAAGCCCAAGAAGAGUUCAUCAAAAGCCUCUCACCUGAACUUGCAGGGAAGUGCCGCGAUGCAUUUUGUAACUCUAUAGCCAGAACCUCUCUUGUAUCUAACCAACCCAGUCUUCUAGCAGAGAAUGGAAUCGUGGAGUGGCCAGUCAUCAUGAUGCUCUUAGAGGUCACGGCCAAUGCAGGAGAAAAAGUUGGGACCUUGAUCGACCUGGCAUCCGAUACAAAUUACAUAACUCAUGAUGCAGCUGAUCGUUUGAACCUUAGAAGUGAAGCCAUAACCCUUGUUGUCCACGGUGUGGGAGGAAUGAAAGUUCAAGUUACCACAAAACGGUACCUCCUAAAGCUCCGGGUCCGCACAGAGCAAGGCAACUUCAGAUCCCACCAACUCCUCUGCUAUGGUUUGGAUAGCAUUGCAGAUAUCCACAAACAUGUGACAGCCAAAAAACUCCAAAAGUUCUUUCCAGAUGUCCCCCAAAAUGAACUUGUGAGACCAAGACAGAUACAGCUUUUGAUAAGCCAUAAGGAAGGGCGACUGGUCCCACAGAAAAUACGCACCGUUGGGGACCUUGUACUAUGGGAUGGGCCAUUGGGAAAGACAAUUGCAGGGACACACCCUGGUUUGUUUGAAGAAGCUACAGUUACGGCACACCAGUCCAGAGCGCACUUUGCCAGGUCAAUGAGAACAGCAGCAUUGAUGUAUGAGGAACAAAUUUGCGACAAACCUACCAUCAAGUCUUUUUGUUCUGCUAUUACCACUCGGGAUUUUGUUGAGUGGUGGAGAUGGGAUAGCAUUGGCGCCCCCUGCACCCCAAAAUGCGGAGGAUGUCGCUGCGGAAGUUGUCAACCUGGUGGCAAAGAGAUGACUCUGGCUGAAGAAAGGGAGCUGGAAGUUGUAAAGAGUGGCCUGACUUAUGUUGGUGCUGAUGACCACAGUGAUAGUCCACACUGGCAUGCAAGAUAUCCAUGGCUCAUGGACCCAUCUACAUUGCCAAACAACAGAAAAGCAGUGGAGGCAACCUUCCUCAGAACAGAGAGACAGCUCGCCAAAGAACCGCAGUGGAAAAAAGCCUAUGGUGCUCAAGUCCACGAAAUGGUUGACCGCCGGGCUGCAAGGAAGCUGACCAAAGAGGAUCUAACCAACUGGAAUGGACCUGUCUGGUAUAUUAGUCAUCUUAUCGCACCCAACCCCCACUCUGUUACAACUCCGGUAAGACUUGUCUGGAACAGCAGUCAGAAGUACCAAGGCCAAAGUCUCAAUGACUUUCUAAUGAAAGGCCCUGAUGUUCUCAACCCGAUCCGGGCUGUCCUCCUAAAGUUCCGCCAAGGCUCCUUCGCCGCUCUAGGAGACGUCAGAAAAAUGUACAAUUCUGUGUGGCUCGAGGAGAGGGAAGUCCAUCUACACCGGUUCUUGUGGCGUGAUUCAGAGGGUGAUGAGCUAGAACAGUACGCCAUAACCAGAGUGAAUAUCGGGGACAAGCCAGCAGGUUGCAUAGCACAACUUGCCAUGAGGGAGACAGCUAACCUGCCUCAAUUCAGCCACCUCACAGAUGAAUAUCAAGUGUUACAUGAGCACAGCUACGUCGAUGACAUCUUGACAUCCCACAUCUGCCGUGAAAGACUCGAAGUCAUCACAAAGAAUGUGGAGCUUAUUCUAAAAGCAGGAGGGUUUGCACUGAAGCCUUGGGUCUUCUCAGGUCAAGGUAAAGGAGAAAGAGGAAAGGCAUCGCCAAAUAUUGUUGUCCUGCCGAACCAGCUUAAGGAGGAAGACAACAAGGCGCUCGGUCUCGGCUACAUCGUGGAUGAAGACAUGUUGCAUGUCAUGGUGAGGGUCAACUUCUCCAGGCGAAAGAAAAAGAUGAGACUUGGGCAAGACUUGCUGCUAGAAGAAGUACAAGCACAGACACCAGACCCGCUGACAAGACGUGAACUGUUGAGUCAAGUUGCUGGUUUGUACGACCCAGUUGGCCUGACAACGCCAACAAAGCAAAAAGGGGCUAUCUUAGUCCGAAGGGCAUUCCAAGAGGCAAAACCAAAGUGCAGCAUGGUCAAGGACACAUGGGACCUUCCUCUGUCGGAUGAGCUCCGCAAGGAUGCAAUUGGAAUUUUUGAGGAGUACGUCCAGCUAAGCAAAGUAAGGUUCCCAAGAGCCCUUACUCCACCAAAGGCAAAAAGUCAAGAGCAAGAAGGUGCAAACAAGUAA